UUAGUUUCUUGUUUGUCUUUAAGGGGAUUGUUUGUCGGUUCUUUCUACCUGAUACUUCCGAGAUGUCUCAACCUAAGCCGAUUUUGUAUUACGAUGAUCGAAGUCCGCCUGUGCGCAGUUGUCUUAUGCUAAUAAAACUGCUCGAUAUCGAUGUGGAUCUUCGUUUUGUGGAUCUCUUCAAGGGCGAACAAUUCCAGAAAGACUUCUUGGCGUUAAAUCCCCAACACACUGUCCCCACUUUGGUGCAUGAUGAUCUGGUGCUGACCGAUAGCCAUGCUAUACUCAUUCACCUGGCGGAGAAAUUCGACGAGGGUGGAAGUCUGUGGCCGCAGGAGUACGGAGCACGUAUGAAAGUCCUGAACCUGCUGCUCUUCGAGUGCUCCUUUCUGUUUCGCCGGGACAGUGAUUUUAUGUCGGCGAUUGUCCGCCAGGGAUUUGCCCAUGUCGAUGUGGCGCACCACGAACGCAAGCUGACCGAGGCGUAUAUCAUCAUGGAGCGCUAUCUGGAGAACAGCGAUUUCAUGGCUGGGCGACAGCUGACGCUCGCCGACUUAUCCAUCGUGACCACAUUGAGCACCGUCAAUCUCAUGUUUCCCCUAACACAAUUCCCACGUCUGCGGCGCUGGUUCUCCACAAUGCAGCAGCUGGAUGCCUACGAGGCCAACUGCGGCGGCCUGGAGAAGCUGCGCCAAACCAUGGAGAGCAUCGGUGGCUUCCAGUUCCCAUCCUCAGCCGCGCCGACAUCCGCCCAGGAUGUGGAGUAACUCUUGAUGGUUAUUAAAAGCGCGUUUUAGCCUCGGGCUGGGAUGCAGUUUGAUGUUUGCUCUGCAGGUGAAGGGUUUACUGUGGGAUAUGUGGAUAUAGCAUGCUAAAGAAUUUUAAGCAAAUAAUUUGCAAUUCCUAUUUGCUCUAUAAUUCCAAAAAAAUUAACUUGCUUGGGCUGAUAAAAAUAUAUUUACAGGAAAAAGAUAAAAAAAGUAUCAAGUAAAAUUAAAAUAUAUAUUUUUAAAUACCAUUUAAACGCUCUUUCUAAUAUGCAAGAAAAUUUUGUGGAAACAACAACAACAAAAAUAAUUUGGUUGAGUAAUGAA